AUGCCGAAAACUUUUCUCGCGACACAUCAUAACCCGGUUCUGGAUCCCCGAGAUUGUAAUCUCGGACAACGGAACCCAAUUCAUCGACAAAAAAUUCAGAGAAUUCCUAGAGGGGCUGCACGCAUCCCACCGUUUCAGCUCGGUAGAGCACCCCAAACAAACGGACAGGUGGAGUCCGCAAACAAAAUAAUCGUCAAGGGACUCAAGAAACGGCUCGACGACGCCAAAGGACUAUGGGCUGACAAACUCGGAUCAGUUCUGUGGUUGUAUCGAACAAUCCCCCAAACGGCCACCGGGGAAACCCCCUUCCGCCUAACAUACGGCGUCGAAGCUAUCAUCCCGUUAGAGAUAGGAGACCCAAGUCCAAGACGAACGAUCGGGGGCAACGACGAAAAAGCAGAACGAGACCUCACAGACGAGGUGAGAAGCAUAGCCCACAUCAGAGAGCUAGCCCUAAAACAAAGAAUCAGCCUAAGGUACAACCAUGGUGUGGUCCGACGAGAAUUCGUACCCGACGACCUCGUCCUACGACGAAAAGACAUUGGCACCCCAACCCCAGGGGAAGGAAAACUCACCCCAACUAGGAGGGCCCGUACAAAAUCAAGGCAGCAAUUGGAAAGGGAGCAUACAAGCUCGAAUGACUUAACGGCGACGAGAUCCCGAGGACCUGGAACGCCGCCAACCUACGACGAUACUACACAUAGGUCGACCCUCUAA